AAAUAGGGGGUGAUGAACGCAAGAGAAACCUUGGUGAUGAAGUAGUUUUAUGGGUAAUCUUGACUUUGGGUUGAUUUCACUCUAUAAAAGUUUGCAUCUUUGCCCCUCGAACCAGUCUUACACUCACUUCCUCCCACAAGAAACAGAGAACCAAAUACAGAUGGAUAAGUUCAAGAUGGCGGAAUCUGCAGGUGGGCAUCCAUUGUUCAGCUGCAGGAACUGCAGAACUCCUCUUGCCUUCCAUGCUGAUCUCCUCUCCAAGAAGUUCAAGGCAAAAUCAGGGCAAGCUUACAUGUUCUCUCAUGUGAUGAAUGCGGUGUUGGGGCAAAAGGAAGAGAAGCAGCUGAUGACUGGAGUGUUCACCAUUGCCAGCAUCUACUGCAGCCGCUGCGGCGAGGGGCUGGGGUGGAAGUAUGUUCUUGCCCAUGAUAUGAAGCAGAAGUACAAGGAAGGCAACUUCAUACUCGAGAAAUCCAAGCUUGCCAAGGAAUACUGAUCACAGAUCCAUGCUAUAUAUCUCCAGCUAGCUUCUGUCAAGAGUUUUCUAAUGUAAUAAAGCAAUACAACGCUAAUGUCAAAACCAGCAACGCUAAGAAAUGGGUGGUAUGAAUCUUAUAUCAUAUCAUUUAGUCACAUGCUUCCUAAAACG